AUGGCCACGCCUUUCCUUAUCUCCUACCCCUCCACCCCCACCACCGGCCUUUCCCUCAAGCAGAUCGCCUACUUCGGACGAGUGCUAGUGAAGGUCUCUGGUCUCGCAGAGGCAGAGCAAUUCUUGCGUCAAAACUUCCGCCACUUGGACGUCCUCGUUGACGCCACUGCCAUCUCCUCCGCCGGUGAUCUGGUUGACAUUCUCAACGCCGGUGCCGCUAAGAUCUUUAUCACCCUCGACCAAUUGAACGCCCUUUCCCAAGAACAAUCCGUUCCCUCCUCACGAUUGGUUGUCUAUGCGCCUUCCAAUGAUGACUUGGACACCUUUCAGCAGUGGAUUGCUGCCAACUCCUCAGAACGCACCGACGCAAGCGUCUGCACCGAUAUCGCUGCCGCCACUACCGCCGCUACAAAAUUGAGCAUCAGCUCCGAUUCCCCUCGUCUUUACGUCACAUACGGAGAACAGAAGGUUUCUGAGGAUGCUUUGACACAGGUCAUGCAGCAGGGUGCUAUUGCUGUUAUUCCUGCGCAGGAGUUGACUGUUGAGCGGGAUGCGACGGAUCAGCGUUCUGCCGCCAAGCUGUUGGCCUCGCGCGCGGUCACCGACCAGAGCAACGGCCUCUAUGCCACAUCUGUUACCGAUGAGCGAGGCGCUUGCCUUGGUUUCGUCUGGAGCAGUGACGAGAGUAUUGCUGAGGCUCUCCGCACCGGUACCGGAGUUUACCAGAGCCGCAAGCGCGGGUUGUGGUACAAGGGUCAAUCAAGCGGGGAUGUGCAACAAUUAAUUCGCAUUGGCUUUGACUGCGAUGCCGACUGCAUUGUCUUUGUUGUUAAGCAAAUUGGACGAGGCUUCUGUCACCUCGGCACCGAAACCUGCUUCGGCGCCUCAAGCGGUCUGUCGCGUCUUCAGAAGACUCUUCUGGAGCGCAAAGCAGAUGCGCCCGCCGGUUCCUACACUGCCCGCCUCUUCAAUGAACCCAAACUCGCCGCCGCUAAGAUUAUGGAGGAGGCUGAUGAGCUGUGCCGAGCUGAAACUAAGGAGGAGAUCGCAUUCGAGGCAGCUGAUCUGCUGUACUUUGCCCUGACUAGGUGUACUGCUGCCGGUGUUACUCUCGAGGAUAUCGAGCGUAACCUUGAUCUGAAGAGCUUGAAGGUCAAGCGGAGAAAGGGUGAUGCUAAGGGUCCCUGGGCUGAGAAGGCCGGUCUGGCUGCUCCCCAGGCUAAGCCUACCCCUGCCCCUGCCCCCGCACCCGCUCCUGUCGAGGACCGCUCUAGAAUCGAGAUGAAGCGUGUCAUCACUGCUUCAACAACCGUCAUCGAGGUCAAGGAAUUCCUCAAGCGCCCCUCCCAGAAGUCCAAUGAGGCCAUUGUUGGUCUCGUGAAGCCUAUCAUCCAGGAUGUUCGCGAGAACGGAGACGCUGGCGUGCUCAAGUAUACCCACAAGUUUGAGAAGGCGACUUCUCUUACCUCCCCUGUUAUCAAGGCUCCCUUCCCAGCUGAGCUGAUGAAGCUCACUCCUGACGUCCAGGAGGCCAUUGAUAUCUCCAUCGGCAACAUUGAGCGUUUCCACUCUGCACAGAAGGGCAGCAACGAUGCCCUCAAGAUGGAGACAAUGCCGGGUGUCGUUUGCUCUCGUUUCUCCCGUGCCAUUGAGCGUGUUGGUCUAUACAUCCCUGGUGGUACCGCCGUUCUGCCCUCUACCGCUAUGAUGCUCGGUGUCCCCGCCAUGGUGGCUGGUUGCCAGAAGAUCGUUCUUGCCUCUCCUCCCCGCGCUGAUGGUAGCAUCUCCCCAGAGAUUGUCUACGUCGCCCACAAGGUCGGCGCCGAGAGCAUCGUCUUGGCUGGCGGUGCCCAGGCCGUCGCCGCCAUGGCCUACGGUACAGAGAGUGUCAGCAAGGUCGACAAGAUUCUGGGCCCUGGUAACCAAUUCGUUACCGCGGCUAAGAUGUUUGUGUCUAACGAUACAUCUGCUGGUGUCAGCAUUGAUAUGCCCGCUGGUCCUAGUGAGGUUCUUGUCAUUGCUGACAAGAACGCCAACCCCGCUUUCGUUGCUUCUGACCUGCUGAGCCAGGCUGAGCACGGUGUCGACUCCCAGGUGAUCCUUAUUGCUAUUGAUCUGUCCGAGGAGCAAUUGAAGGCCAUUGAAGACGAGGUCGAUUCGCAAGCCCGUGCCCUGCCCCGUAUGGACAUCGUCCGCGGCUCACUGGAACACUCCGUCACUUUCGUCGUGAAGGAUAUCAAUGAGGCUAUGACCUUGAGCAACGAGUAUGCUCCUGAGCACUUGAUCUUGCAGAUCGAUGACGCCGAGGCGGUUGUCGAACAGGUCCAGAACGCCGGCAGUGUCUUCAUCGGCGCUUGGACACCCGAGAGUGUUGGCGAUUACUCCGCUGGUGUUAACCACUCUCUUCCCACAUACGGAUAUGCCAAGCAGUACUCCGGAGUCAACCUUGGCUCUUUCCUGAAACACAUCACCAGCUCUAAUCUGACUGCCGACGGUCUUCUGGCUCUGUCGAAGACAGUCGAGACCCUGGCCGCUGUGGAGGGUCUGGACGCUCACAAACGGGCCGUCAGCAUCCGUGUUGCACAGAUGAAGAAGGACCGCUCUUAG